CCAUUUCCUUGAUGCAACAGCAAGGGUCAAAAAAUGGAUAUUAGGUUUUACUUGGAUGCUCAGGCCUUAUCCCCUCUCGCCGCCUCUGCUCCAUCUUUCUCUGUUAUCGCGGCAUAAAAGAUAGGAGGAAGAAGCUAACAUAUAUUUUUCUGCACAGUGGGAGAUAUAGGGAAGAGGAUUGAUGUCUGCGAACGCUAAUCUUUGGGUUCUUCUGGGUCUCGGCAUUGCCGGCAUACUGAUCGUGACCCGAAAGCUGAAGCGGGUUGUUAAGGAGGACCUGGGCGCGUUCGUUGAGCGGUUUGAGCUCCUCCCUCCUCCACAGCCCGCUCCGCCCAAAGCCCCUCAUCCCCUCAAUGGCCUCACCUUUGCUGUCGCAGAUGUAUUUGAUAUAGAAGGACAUGUAACGGGGUUUGGCAAUCCAGACUGGGCAAGAACUCAUGAAGCUGCAAUGCACACUUCCUCUUUGGUUGCCACCCUCAUAGAUGGAGGUGCUACAUGUGUUGGCAAAACAGUCAUUGAUGACAUGGCUUUUAGUUUAAGUGGCGUGAAUAAAUAUUUUGGCACACCGAUGAAUCCUAAGGCACCUGAUCGAGUCCCUGGAGGAUGUUCAAGUGGAUCAGCUGUCGCUGUUGCUGGUGGCUUGGUAGAUUUUGCAUUGGGAAUGGACUCCGUAGGUGGUGUGAGAGUACCUGCUGCUUUUUGUGGAAUUCUGGGCUUUAGACCGUCGCAUUCCACCUUGAACAACGGUGUUCUUCACAUCUCACCAAGUUUGGAUGCCCCUGGGUUGUUUGCCAAAGAUCCUAAUGUCUUGCAUCGAGCUGCUCAUCUCCUACUCAAACUUCCAUAUGCUAAUGUACGCCAACCUAGACGUGUUGUAAUAGCUGAUGAUCAUUUUCAGUUAAUGAAAGUUUCUUCUACAAGGAUAACACAAGUGGUCACAAAAACUGUUGAGGUGCUAUUUGGGAAGCAAAGUUUGAGCCACAUCAAUGUUGGUGAAUAUCUUAUGUCUAAAGUUCCGAGCUUAAAAAAGUUUGAAGUCGGUGCUGUAAAUGGUGAUUCAAAAUUUUCUCCUUUAACAUCACUUGCGAGGGCCAUGAAGUUGCUUUGCAAGUAUGAAUUCAGAACUAAUUAUGAGAACUGGAUAAACUCUGUCAAGCCAACAAUUGCUUCUUGUGUAUCGGAUAAUUUGAGUACUCCCCUGGAAGAAAAUAGCAUCCUUAUUGAUUGUUGUCAAACUGCAAGGCACGAAGUGCAACUGGCUGUUCAUUCUCUUCUGAAGGAUGAUGGGAUUCUUGUCCUUCCUACAGUACCAGGUCCUCCUCCAAAACUCAACUCAAAGGAAAUUUUAUCUGAAGAUUAUCAGAUGUGCUUGUUAAAUCUCUCAGCUAUUUCAAGCAUGUCAGGCUGUUGUCAGAUAACGGUACCCUUAGGAUUUCAUGAAAAGAUUCCUGUGUCAGUAUCCUUCAUUGCAAGGCAUGGAGGUGACCGUUUUCUACUCGACACUGUUCAGGCCAUGUACUCCAAUCUUCAAGACCAAACCGAUAUAGUUGUCAAGUCUUCCUCACAAAGCAUCAGUUCAACCAAGGAAGAAUCUGCAGAAAUUGCAAAAGAGAAGGGCAACAAUGCGUACAAAGAGAAACAGUGGCAGAAAGCUAUCAACUUAUAUACUGAAGCAAUCAAGCUAAACGGAAAAAUGGCUACUUACUACAGUAAUCGUGCUGCUGCAUAUUUGGAAUUGGGAAGCUACCUGCAGGCGGAAGCUGAUUGCAGCACUGUCAUCAGUCUUGACAGAAAGAAUGUCAAAGCAUUUCUAAGAAGAGGGACUGCACGAGAGAUGUUGGGCUAUUACAAAGAGGCACUAGAAGAUUUCAGAUACGCCCUUGUUCUGGAGCCAACAAACAAAACCGCAAAUAGUGCUGUUAAUAGAUUGAAGAAAUUCAUUCCUUAGAUGCAUGCUGGGACAAACCUGAAGGAAAUUACCCACACCUGAGGAUCCAAUACUUAUUUUUGGUAAACAGUUACUCUCAGAAUUUGAAAUCAAGGCUGGAUUCUCUUGUUUUUUUUCCAGCACAGCAGUGUUAAAGGUGUUUCAAAGCUUUGGCUUCAAUAUUGCUGAAUCUCAAUAUGAUCUUCUUUCACAUCAAUUGUCUAUUGAUUCCUUAGGUUUCUUUUGUUACACUUCUUUGAAUGUUUAUGUUCAUGCCAUGUUGUAUGAAAUAAAAUCUUCGUUGGGUGAGAAAAUUUUGUUGAACGACUUCCUCAAGUGAAAAACUUAUUUGA